AUGUCCACCAGCUCAGUCCCUUACCCCUUCCAAUUCGACGCCCUCAAGGAGACGACUCCUGGGUCCCGUAAUGGAGAAACCACAAACUGCACUCUGACCUUGAAGAACGUCCGCGGUGCAAUCCCCUCCAUCCAAGCCUCUCGCCUCCGAAGCCUCAUGCUAGAAGCCCACAACGACCCCACCAAGAUCCUAGCUCACGCCUGCACCUACGAUGGCCUAUCAUCCCGUCUCGUCGAAGAAGCUGGCUUCCCCAUGGUCUUCCUCGCCGGUUACGCGGUCGCUUCCUCCUACGGUCUCCCCGACACAGGAUACAUCGCCAUGGCAGAGAUGUGUGACAAGAUCCGCGACGCCUACCGACAAGUUUCUCUCCCGAUCGUGGCCGAUGGUGAUACCGGAUACGGAAGUCCCAUGAAUGUGAAGCGGACCGUUGAGAGUUUCGCAGCUGCCGGUGCAGCAGGAAUCAUGAUCGAGGAUCAACAGUGGCCGAAGCGUUGCGGACAUACGAAAGGUAAGAGCGUCGUGUCGCGCGGUGAAGCCUUCGCUCGCAUCCAAGCAGCUUGCGACGCCCGCAACGAAGGCCAAGAUAUUUUCAUCAUGGCUCGGACGGACGCUCUGAUGCAUGGCUGGGAAGAAGCCAUGGCACGAGCGCAGGAGUUCAAGCGUAUUGGAGUCGAUGCUAUUUUCGUCGAGGCACUUCCGGAUCGGGCGGCGAUGAAGCGCUGUGCGGAGGAGCUGGAUAUUCCUGUUUUUGCGAACAUUAUUGAGGGCGGUAAGACGGAGAAUUUGUCUGCGAAGGAUCUUGCUGAGCUGGGUUUCUGUGCUGUUGCCUAUCCCUGGUCGUUGGUCGCUGCGCAUCUGAAGGCAGUUCGCUCUGCGCUGGAUGGGUUAAAGAAGAGCAUGACUGUUGGGGCGCCGCCUAUGAUAUUGACUUAUGAUGAGGUUUGUGAGGGUGUUGGGUUUAACAAGUACUGGGAUCGCGAGGAGAAGUACAAGUUUGAUUCUUGA